AUGGCCCCGCCUUGUAGCGACCAGGGCUUCAGAUGCAGCCUCACGUCGGAGCUUUGGGCUUUGCAGCGCCGCGCGCAUCAAGCAGCGCAGCGGGGACGUUGCCCCGACCUUCCCGAGGAUCACCCCUACGUCGUGCGCGACGUGUCUUCCUAUCUGGGCAGAGGCUUUCCAGGUGCAGAUCAGGCCAUCUACGAGGAGCUGGCAGCUGCCGAGGCCUCCGUGCUCAGAGCACGCGCUGCCUUGCGGCAGACCGUCCCGAAGGAGGUGCUGCAGGCCUGCGAGUUGGACGUGCAAAAUGCUGCCCUCAAAGUGCACGCGAUCUGCGAGACAUCUCUGCAGAGUUCGGCACUUGCAUGGAUUCACGGCCGGGUACAAGUAUCUGCCAAAGAACUGAUGGAAGACAUCGCCGCCCGGCUUUCGCAGUAUGGAGAUCGGUCUGGAGCUGCUUCUUGCACAGUGCAGCCUUCCCGCGCACAGCGAAGAAUCAUCGAAUGCCCUCACAGCCUUUUUCUUCAGGGUCGCUCUGGCACUGGCAAAACGGUUUGCAUUAUUCACCGCAUCCUGCGUGCACGCCACCAGUUCCCUUUUGCACAGCGCCUCUUCGUCACUCGGUCGUCGUUGCUGUGCGCACAGGUGUUGGAGCAGCUAGCGGUUUUCGGCAGUGCAUCUCGUGAUGCUGCUCUUCUGCGUGGCAGCAGUGGCGGUACACCUGUCUGUGUGACCUGGGACGAAUUGGUUGAGGCAUUGGUCCCGGAGGCGAAGCCGGCCAUUCAAUACUCAGGCUUCUUGAGUCGCUUUUGGCCUUCCCUGAAACCUCCACCAGACUUGGAUCCACUCUUGGUUUGGGCAGAGUUCCACAACAGGCUGCGGAGCUUUGAUGCCACCGUCGUGCACAGCCUCGAGGGCCUCGGGCCAGUCUCCUUCGCAGAGUACCAAGAGAAGAAGACGCUGGACAGCACUGGUGGCUAUUCUCUCACCCAAGAGCAGUAUUGCGAAGCUGUUGCAGGUGAGGGCUUGUCUGCAAUGGGGGUGCCUCUUCCACCGCAGCAACGGCGGGAGAUCUACCGUAUGUUUCUGGAGUACUUGCGCUUCAAGCGAACGUACAACGUCUCCGAUGGCACCGAUGUGGCCGUAGCACUUCGAAAUGCUGGUGCGGGGGCGCUCGUUCACGAGAUCUAUGUGGACGAAGCUCAGGAUUUUUCACCUGCCGAGUUGACUGCUCUCAUGUCCUUGUGCGGACAUGCCGAUGGCGUUACUAUUGCGGGUGAUACCUGUCAAACGAUCAACCCGGGAAGUGCUUUCUCAUUCCAAGACAUUAUGGACGCCUUCCUGAGGUUGGAGCCGACAUCCUUUGCAGGACUGGUUGAUGAUCAUCCUGAAAAGGAGGCUGCCAAGUGCUCUUGGGAUCAUGUUGAGGACUGCCGCCAGAUGUCGCUGGCUUUCAACUAUCGCUCUGCACCACCCAUCGUGCGACUGGCAAAUGCGGUCUCAGAGCUGCUGCUGCAGAUGUUCCCCAACACUGUGGAUGCCGUGGAAGAAUCUGCCGCCGGCACGCCAGGUGGCGAAGUGCCGCUCUUCGUACACUCGCAUUCUGGAAGCGAUGUUGCGGACAUUGUGAUGGGCACUGGUGACCGCCGCGUCUGUAGCAUGGAUCCCACGAGCUGCGUUGUGCUGGUUGGUGCGGACUCGGCUCGUCAGCGCCUUCGCCAUCUAGGCCUCAGAAGUACAAUUUUGACGGUGGCGGAGGCCAAAGGCCUGGAGUUCGAUUUCGUGGUGAUUUGCGACUUCUUUCAGGUCUGUGGGGACGGAGCUUCCUGGUAUGCCGUAGAGGAAUUCCUGAAGGCUAAGACAGCCGAGAAGCGCCGCAAGCGCCCGACACAAGCCCAGCGCGACAUGUCACAUUCUGCCAGCCAGCGGAUACCGUCCCUGGUCCGGGGUCUGAAGGCACUGUACGUGGCCAUCACCCGUUCACGUUGCGGCUGUGCUUUCGUGGAAUCGGGCCCAAAGUCACUUUGGGGUCCCCUGGUUGAGUAUUGGCAAAGCCGAGACUUGGUCAAGUUUGUGGACGGUGUCUCGGCUUACACCAAGCUGUCAGGCUGUGAUGCCCAAGCUCGGUCAGGCGAGAGUCCUGCAGUUGGGGCAGGGGCGGUCCUCCUCAACUCGGUGCAGCAAGCACUCACUUGGCUGUGGUCGGAACUCCAGCUGCGCACUGGACCGGACCAGAAGAAAGUCCGGAAAGUGUUGGGGCAGGAGCGACUGCGGCUGCAGGCCGGCCAUGCUUUGGAUCCCCUGUUCAUGCAGCGUUUCGCAGCAGCAUACGGAGUUCUCUCUCAAGCGAAGGGGAACUCUUCGUCAACUGCUUCAGCACUGCUUCCGCAAGCUGAAGAAGGGCCAUGGCCCGAUCUCGCGUCUUUGCUGGACGUGCUCCAACUGCGCUCGCCCGUGGACAGGACGGCGAAAGGAAUGGCCACGGCCUCCAGGCAACUCUGGAGACGAGGCCUCGAGCUGCUGGCGCACGCCUCCGACGAUUCAGAUCAGCGUUGGCAAGUCUAUGGUGAGGCCGAAGCCGUUUUCGGUGAGAGCCUUGUGUGCGCAGAGAAGCUUCUCGAUGUGCAACUUUCGCAGAAAGCCAGGCUGACGGAAGCACGGGUGGACAGCCAUCCCGACAGGAAGAGGGCAGAGAGAGACAACGCCGGCAUGCAGACCCAUCCGGACAUGAUGCGGAAGGCUGUUCAGAUCGCUGCGACCUAUGUGAGCUCGGCACGGCUGCAAGACCACAUGUUUGCCGACAUACUUGACGCCAAGUCAUCGGUGGAGAAGGAGAGGUUCCACGUGAGAGGAUGGCUGCUGUCGGGUCGGGAGGUAGACUUCGAGAUUGCGGCCAGCGCCAGCUUGGGAGACUUGCACGCUCGUUUUGAGGAGCUCCUCGGCCACCAGUGUCACCUCGUCUUGUCUGGAGAAGUGGGCAGAAACCUAUCAGCCCUGGAUUCUACCAACUCGCUGCGUGACAUUCUGGCAGAGACGGUCCAUGCAUGGAGCGCCGAUCUCGCUUGGCACCGAGCAAUUUGCGAGAUUUUGGCAGCCCAGCUUCUGCGGCCAACUUUGCAUCAUGCCGCCAAAAACACACAGCUCCAGGCUUUGUGUGUCCCUCGCAUAUGGGAGACGGUCUUCGGUAUGCUUUCACGACGUGGAGAUUCAGAGUUCGAGGCACGCUGUGCCUUCCGGCUGACAGUGGAACGGUGGCUGGAGCACAUGACAUUCCGUUGUGCUGUGCGCAAGAAGAUCCAUAUGGCUCGUGCUAACCGCUUGCGCUACACGGCCAUGUACUCUGACGAAGUCAGCCGAGAUGCUGACAUGGCAGCCCGGCAGUUGGAGAAGCUUCUGAAGGAUGAGGCGACGCUGAGCCCGAUGCAGCCCAUGUUUGCCAUCACGGCUUCUGUGCAGGCGCUUUUGUUGAAAGCUAGCCCCUCGCAGUUGGAAGAAGCCCGAUUGUUUUUUGGCGAAGUCCUCGUACCGAAGCAUCGUCGCCGCGACCGUCUACACCUGAGAGCAGCUCGGCUGUUCGAGUCGCUGGGAGACGCGCGCGAGGCGGCAAAGGACUUCCAAAGCUCCUCCGAGGCCGCGUUCCAAGUGGUGGCUGCAUGGAGAGACGUUUCCCAAAUGCUGGGCAACACAGCAGUUGAAGCUUUGUCCAUGGUGCAGCGGCAAGCCCGUGCUAGUGCUCGCCGUGCAGCGCUUUGCUGGGUCCACGUUGCUUCGGAGAUGGCAGCAAGCCGAGCGGAGACCGAGCCAGACAGGACCUCCAUGAAGGCGGCAGAGCAGCAGUUUCUAAAUGCAGGAUGCGUUGUUGAUGCGGUUCUCUGUGCUGCAGCCAGCUUCUCUCCCGAACAGCUCUUUCAGCCACUGGGCCAGCAGCCUGGGCAGAUGGCGGCUUCUCCGCAAGAGUGUCUUCGAAGAGGACUCCUCGUUUAUGGCGCACUGCUUUGGCACGAGGGCUAA